UUAAUUCAGUAAGUAAAAAAGAUUCGUAUUGGUAAAAUGUUUUUAACAAUUAUUUUAAUUGGAAUUUUAACAUUUAUUUUUAGUUACUUAUACGUUAAAUAUGCUAGAAUAUUACAAUUAUCAAAAAAAUUACCAGGACCACCAACAAUACCAAUUUUGGGAAAUGCAUUAUCAUUUAUUGGUCAACCACCAGAACAAAUAAUUUUAAAAGCACUUGAUCUUUUCGAUAAAUUUAGUGGUGAUGGUUUAAUGAAAAUAUGGAUUGGACCAGAAUUAAAUAUUUUAAUAUCAAAUCUUAAAGAUAUUGAAGAAAUUUUAGGACGUACUAUACAUAAUGAUAAAGCUGGUGAAUAUCAUUUAUUAGAAGCAUGGAUGGGUGAAGGAUUAUUAAUUAGUAAAGGAAAAAAAUGGUUUCAACGUAGAAAAAUUAUAACACCAGCAUUUCAUUUUAAAAUCUUAGAACAAUUUAUUGAUAUAUUUGAAGAACAAGGUAAUAUACUUGUUGAACAAUUGAAAAAACAAAUUGGUAAAGAAAUUGAUUUAUAUAAUUAUUUUAAUUUGGCGACAUUGGAUGUUAUUUGUGAAACUGCAAUGGGUGUCAAAGUAAAUGCUCAAACUAAUUCUGAUUCAAAAUAUGUUUUGGCGGCUAGAACAAUGUCAAAAGUUCUACAUAAAAGAAUGUUUGAUUUACGAUUUCGACCAGAUAUUCUUUUCAAAUUUAGUAGCCUUGCAAGUGAUGAAAAAAAUGCUUUAAAAAUUAUGCAUGAUUUUUCCGAAAAAGUAAUAAUAUCAAGACGAAAUGAAUUGAUAAAAUCUUCUGAUGAGGAAAAAACUACUACAAUAUUAGAUGAUAUUCAAAAUGAUUUAAAUGAUUUAGGAGUUAAACGAAAAUUAGCUUUUCUAGAUAUUCUUUUAAAAUCUGAAAUUGAUGGGAAACCAUUAACUAAUUUGGAUAUUCGAGAAGAAGUAGAUACUUUUAUGUUUGAAGGACAUGAUACAACAUCAUCUGCUAUUUUAUUUUUCUUUUAUAAUAUAGCAACAAAUCCAAAAGCUCAACAAAAAUGCUAUGAUGAAAUUAUAGAAGUUCUUGGUACAAAUAAGAAACAAUCAAUUACUAUAUCACAUUUAAAUAAUUUGUCAUAUAUUGAGUUAUGUGUUAAAGAAACAUUAAGAAUGUAUCCGUCUGUACCUAUAAUUGGAAGAGAAAUAAAAGAAGAAAGCGUUAUUAAUGGUAAAACAAUUCCAGCAGGAACAAAUGUUGGAAUAUCACCAUUACAAUUAGGUUUCGAUGAAAAUUUAUAUCCAAAUCCAGAAGAAUUUAUACCAGAACGUUUUGAUUUGGCAACAAGUGCAGAAAGAAAAAAUCCAUAUGCAUAUAUACCAUUUUCAGCUGGUCCCAGAAAUUGUAUAGGACAAAAAUUUGCAAUGUUAGAGAUUAAAAGUGUUGUAACAAAUGUUUUGAGAAAUUUCGAAGUUGAAUAUGUUGGUAACGAGAAACCAGUAUUAAUAGCUGAAUUAAUAUUAAAAAGUAGAGAUCCGCUUAUAUUUAAAUUAAAAGAGCGAAUUUAAAAUUAUAAUUUGCAAA